AUGCUGAAGGCUGAGAAACCACCAAAGCAAAUAUGUUUGUGGAAAUAAAAUCAAAACUUGGUUUCUGGACUAAAAAAGAUUUUCUCGGAUUUAACAUCUAUCCAAAAAGGACCUUUGGCGUUCACUGUUUAAAUGGCAAGGAUCACCUUCACUAUACCUGUGGACUGCAUUUUUAUAAGCCGGAUGGAAAUAAAUAUUUACAAUUUGCAAUACCAUAUUUUAGUCUUGCAAACCCUGGCCACACCGCAGUUGCUUCGUUGGCGAUCGCCUUUAUUCACAGUUCCUGGGCGAGAUCUGGCGAGGAUCGGGAGGAUCCGAGACCAGAUGAGGGGUAA